GCACUGCCCAGCAAUGCCUGCAGCUCUGGAGGGCUCGGAGGGGGGGGAUGAAGGAGACACCUUGCGCUACGAGGAAGCAGAAGAUAACAAUGUCAGCCCCACCGACCUCUCGGAGCUGCUGAAGGAGGGGACCAAGGAGUCCCAUGACCGUGCUGAGAACACCCAGUUUGUCAAGGACUUCCUGAAAGGACGGAUCAAGAAGGAGCUCUUCAAGCUGGCCACCGUGGCACUGCACUUCACCUACUCAGCUCUGGAGGAGGAAAUGGAUCGCAACAAGGACAACCCGGCCUUUGCUCCUCUGUAUUUCCCCCUGGAGCUUCACCGGAGAGAAGCCUUGGCCAAAGACCUGAAAUAUUUCUAUGGAGAAGACUGGAAAGAGAAGAUCCAGUGUUCAGAGGCCACUCAGCACUAUGUGGACAGAAUCCAUCACGUGGGCCAGCACGAGCCGGAGCUGCUGGUGGCUCACGCUUACACACGCUACAUGGGGGACCUCUCAGGUGGCCAAGUGCUGAAGAAGGUGGCCCAGAGGGCCCUGAAGCUGCCCAGUACUGAUGAAGGGAUCCAGUUCUACAUGUUUGAGAACAUUUCCAAUGCUCAGCAGUUCAAGCAGCUCUACAGAGCCAGGAUGAACGCUCUGGACUUGGACAAGAACACCAAGGAGAGGAUCGUGGAAGAGGCCAACCGAGCCUUCAGGUUCAACAUGCAGGUGUUUGAUGAACUGGACAAGAUUGGCAGGUCCCUGACAGAAGAGGCCCAAGACGGAGGGUUCCCAGCCCACGAUGGCAAAGGAGACAUCCGCAAGUGCCCCUACUAUGCAGACAAGCUGGCAGGCACAGCAGGACCUGCCUGUCCCUACCACGUGGCCGUGGCCCUGGCCAAGCAGCCCCUGGUGCAGCUGGUGCUGGCGGCCUGCGUGGCCGUGGCAGCAGGAGCUGCAGCCUGGUACCUGAUGUGA